GAAGCAGGUAUUUCCUAGAGCUGAUCAAAGUACAACUAAAUCAUGGAGAUGAAUCAACAUAUUUAGGAUCUUGAUUGUUUUUCUUUUAGUUUCUUGAUAGUUCUUUUUAAAAUAAAGGGUAAAGAGAAGGACGCCAUGGAAGGAGGCAGCACAGAGGACAUUGAAGCUCUCAUGGAGGACAUGGAGUACAUCCCGGGCCACUUCCACCUGGAGCUCAACCUCAACUGUGAUCCUGUGGGACCUGGGGAGCUGCGACGGAGGGACACCUACCUGAGACAGGACAGCCUGCGGGCUGAGCUGGAAGCUGAGACCGGUUAUCUGCAGUACUGUGUCCGCAACCUUCUUGGCUUCCUGGCCUUCCACCUAGACCAGCUGGAGACGGCUGAGGAAACUUUCAGGAGUAUCUGUAAGGAGGAUCCAGGGAACCUCAACGCCUGGGCCAACCUGGGCUAUGUCUACGACAAGCUGGGGAGGGAGCUGGAGGCAGGGGAGUGUGUGGAGAAGGUGUCCUACCUCAUGGGCUUAGAGUCCGGGGAGGCCUGUAAAGCUGAGUCCAGGCUGCUUGCGGCCCGCUGCCUGGCAGAGCAGGCCUACGCCCAUCCAUAUGAUGUGGAGCUGGACAGAGAGGAGGACCUGAGAGAGAGGAUGACUGCGGCGCUGAUACUGUACAACAGAGCCCUGGACUAUGGGGGACAGCUGAUACCAAUGGAGGAAAAAAGAAGCUGGUAUUUUAAAAUGGCAACAAUCUAUAUAAGGCUAGAUGACAUAGUAAAGACCAAAGUGGACUCUGAAUACUCCAGACUCUCUCACUACAAUAAGGGACUGAAGCUUCUUACAGAAACACUGAAAUCAGAGAAAACACAACACAAAGCUUUAGCCUGGUGCUAUGUUGGCAUCAUGUUGGAGAGGAAGGAGGAGUUCAGCACUGUGCCAAUGUCUAUACAUGACUGUGGCUACUCAGGCUCUGAUCCUCUGUCCUGCUAUGGAACUGCCAUAAAGCUGGCCAGUGAUGAUGCAUUCAUCCUGAACCUCCUCGCCAAGGUGUUUUUUCUGUUGGGCAAGCACGAGAUGGCCACAGGGAUCUGCAACAUGGCUCUAAAUGUACUGCCAGACCCAGAGCUCAACUGGCAGGCCUACUGCACCCGGGCCAAGAUCAAUAUGAUGCUCUACGUCAGGGACCUGGAGAGGGCAAAACAUGGUCAGAGUGGAAUACCUGACAGACAGUACCUGAUCGAGGCCAGAAAAGACCUGGACAGGGUCCUCAGCGUACGUCCAUGUCUGCGCACACAUCUGGAAAUGGCACAGGUCUAUUACUACAUGGGUGUGGAUGCACUCCAGGAGAGCCUAUUGGUGGAUGAGGGGGCAGUGAACUGUUCCCUGGUGAGCCUGUCCCAGGCCCUGCAGUUUGAGCUGGGUGACAGCCUGCCUGACCUCCAUGUGCUGAGGGGACGCUGCCUCCUGCUGAAGGGCGAGGAGCAAAACGCUGCAGACUGCUUCAAACGGGCUCUGGAGCUAGAGAGGCCAGGGAGCGCAGACACCACUGCCCUGCACUGCCUCCUAGAGGCCCUUCUGGCUCUGUUCACCCAGGGAGGCCCUGACACCGACCCUGCAGUCACCCAGCUCGAGGUGUGGGUGCAAAAGGCAGAGGAGAGGUACCCUGCAGAUGUUGUGCAGGAUGAGCUGAGGAGGCUGUACAGGACGCGCACAGCAGAGGUGACAGAGUUAUCAAGAGCUCUGAUCAGGACAGGCAGACUGGACCUCGUGAGGAGGCUGCUAGAGACAGUGCAGCCAAAACGGCUGGCCAAGAAGAGACCACUGGCUAGAUCUUUCUCCAUGUCAUAAAACAGGGAUGGGAAUUUUGUCCUCAGGACUGUAAGUUGUUUGAACAUACUUGUUUCUGCCUCCAUGCCUCAUUGACUACUGUCCCUUUUGGAGGAGAGUGAGGAAAUUCUUCUAAAUAACAUCAGAAAGACAAAAGAACGCUGUCAGAAAAAUGGGGGUAUCUGUUUCUUGUCCUUUUCACACCUUCAAAAUCCAUGUACUGCUAAUGUGACAGAUAUUAUUCACCAGUAGAUGGGGAUAGAAACCAAGACAGUGCCUGCACGAUAGAAAGUACCUCUGCUGUCAGUGCAAGGAAACUCUGCAAUCACAAGCCCAAACAUCUGAUAGCAAAAUAUAAUAAAGUAGCACUGUGCACAAGAAAUGCAUUGCAGUUUGAAUAAAAGACUAAGCUACAAUCAUUUUGA